UGAAAGCGCUUGUUGGCUGUGUACAAGCAGCGGUAUCUUUUCCACACAAAAGCUUCUGCGGUUUAAGUUUAUGUUUUACAGGGCCGCGAGAGUCAUUUCAAAAGCACCUUUCCAAUCUCUGCGGCAGCUUUUUUGGUUACGAAAUUCCCGAAAACUGACGUCCAAAAUGUCCUUUCAGUAUCCCCAGGCUUACCGCGACGAGUCAGUUGUGGAUGACUAUCAUGGCUGCAAAGUACCUGACCCUUACAGCUGGCUGGAGGACCCUGACAGUGAAAAGACACAGGCCUUUGUCAGUGCCCAGAACAAGCUCACUUUGCCAUUUUUAGAGCACUGUGAGGUGCGAGAGCUGUUCAAAGAGCGCAUGACUGAGCUGUAUGACUAUCCCAAGUAUAGCUGUCCCUUCAAGAGAGGAAGCAGGUACUUUCACUUUUACAACACGGGCCUCCAGAACCAGAGUGUGAUGUAUGUGCAAGAGAACCUAGAUGCCGAGCCCACAGUCUUCUUAGAUCCAAACACAUUUUCUGAGGAUGGGACAGUUGCUCUGCGAGGCUAUGCAUUCUCUGAGGAUGGAGAGUACUUGGCAUAUGGCACAAGUGCCAGUGGGUCUGACUGGGUGGAGAUCCGCUUUCUGCGCGUUGAGGGCGCUGUGCCUUUAGAGGACCGCCUGGAGCGAGUCAAGUUUAGUUGCAUGUCCUGGACCCACGAUGGGAAGGGGCUUUUUUACAACUCGUAUCCUGACCAGGAGGGCAAAAGUGAUGGCACUGAGACCUCCACUAACCUGCAUCAGAAGUUAUACUAUCAUGUUCUGGGGACUCCACAGUCUGAGGAUGUCCUAUGUGCAGAGUUUCCUGAUCACCCCAAAUGGAUGAGUGGAGCAGAAGUAUCAGAAGAUGGGCGCUACGUGCUGCUGUCUAUCAGAGAAGGUUGUGAUCCUGUCAACAGACUGUGGUAUUGUGACCUCAAGACCACUCCUCAGGGUAUUACAGGACUUUUGCCAUGGGUAAAAUUAAUCGACAACUUUGAUGCCGAGUACGAAUACGUGACGAACGAGGGCACAUUGUUCACCUUCAAGACCAACUUAGACGCCCCUCGUUACAGACUAAUCAACAUCGACUUUGCCUCUCCGGAGCAGAGCAGCUGGAAGGAGCUCCUGCCUCAACAUGAGAAGGAUGUCAUUGUGUUUGCCACCUGUACAUACUCCAGCUAUUUGUUCGUGUGCUUCCUCCAUGAUGUGAAGAAUGUGUUGAAAAUGUAUCGUCUGAGCUCAGGAGAGGAGCUGAGGACCUUCCCUCUUGAUGUUGGAUCCAUAGUAGGGUUCACAGGACGAAAGCGAGACUCUGAAAUCUUCUAUUAUUUCACUUCUUUCCUAUCUCCAGCCAUCAUUUACCACUGUGACCUAACCAAGGAGCCCCUGCAGCCCCAUAUCUUCAGAGAGGUCACUGUCAAAGGCUUCAACCCCUCCGACUACCAGACCACACAGAUCUUUUUUCCCUCAAAGGAUGGCACUCAGAUACCCAUGUUCAUUGUUCACAAGAAGGGCAUCAAAAUGGACGGCUCCCAUCCAGGUUUUUUAUAUGGCUACGGGGGCUUUAACAUCUCCAUCACGCCAAGCUACAGCGUGUCCAGACUCAUCUUUGUCAGACAUCUGGGAGGAGUUUUAGCUGUCGCCAACAUCAGAGGAGGAGGAGAAUAUGGGGAGACCUGGCACAAAGCUGGCAUGCUGGCAAAUAAACAGAACUGCUUCACAGACUUCCAGUGUGCAGCUGAAUAUCUAAUCAAGGAGGGAUACACUUCUCCCUCCAAACUGACUAUAAAUGGAGGCUCCAAUGGUGGCCUGCUUGUAGCGGCCUGUGUAAACGAGCGGCCUGAGCUGUUUGGAUGUGCAGUAGCUCAGGUGGGCGUCAUGGACAUGCUGAAGUUCCACAAGUUCACAAUCGGGCACGCCUGGACCACAGACUUUGGCUGUUCAGAAGACAAAGAGCAGUUUGAAUGCCUGAUCAAAUACUCCCCACUUCAUAACAUCUGUGUACCAGAAGGCAAUGGGGUCCAGUACCCCGCUGUGCUUUUGCUGACAGGUGACCACGAUGACCGGGUAGUGCCUCUGCAUUCCCUCAAGUACAUCGCCACUCUGCAGCACAUUGUAGGUCGCAGCCCCAAGCAGACAAAUCCCCUUUUCAUCCUUGUGGACACAAAGUCAGGCCACGGUGCUGGAAAGCCCACCAGCAAAGUCAUUCAGGAGGUGGCUGACACUUACGCCUUCAUCGCUCGCUGUCUCAACAUCUCUUGGGUCAAAUAACCUGCAUCUACCUUUUAAAGUGUGUGGGGUUUCUCUUUUUUUCUUUUUUUAAUCCUUUGGUCAAACCAUAUUUAGAAUACCGUUAAUACCAGAAUACCGUUAAUACCAGAUGUUGACACAUUGUUUAUAGCACUGCUACCUUUUCUUUCUUUUUUUUUUUUUGUGCUGAUCUGUUUUUGUCCCUCCCCCUGUGUGAGCAGAUUAGAUCACAGAGUCAUCAGGCUCUGCCCUGCACACAAAUAUAAGCCAACAUGCAUCUCUCACACCUGUUUUGUGUAGUCACAGGGGGCUCUUUUCAAGGAUGAUGCAGUAAUCAGCCAAUCAGCCGUUAAAGUCAUGAGGUGAAAAUAGCAAAAAGUUCAUUUCAAGAUUGUUCCUGCUCCCUUUGGGUGCUGCAACAUGAUGUGUGUGUGUGUGUAAUUUAUUUCUGGAUUGUGCGCAGAAUGGAGUCUAUUUGAUGUCAGAUGAAAUCAGUACAUACAAAUGUUAGUGACAGUAUUACACGGAUGACGGUACUGCUGGUGGAUGAAAUGAAAACAAAUGCAAAAAAAAAAUCAGUUGUUUCCAUGGGAAAGUGUGUGUGUGUGUGUGUGUGUGUGUGUGUGUGAGAGUAAAUGUCAGUCCUUACAUUAAUUUCAGACUGAUGAUUUCUACCUCUUGACUUGUGCUGAUUGUUUUCCUUUUCAAAGGGAACAAAACACAAUGCCACAAAUACAAUAAAUAACUUUUUCA